CUCUACUCGCGUGAACCUUUGAGCUUCGCAGGUUUCUUUUAACAUUUAACGUGAUUGUUUUUUUGUUUGUUUUUUUUAACGUACACCUACUGGUUUAUUUGUCUUUAAUGCUCAAUGUGGUUUACCUGCUGCUUAUCGCCGUCGGUUGUCAGUAUUUCGUCCCAUGCUAGCAUACAGGUGGAAGUGCGUUUAAGAGCAAAUUAACGUGUGUUUAAUAUGUGUUUCGAAACUUAAAUGAACUCUUCCCCGUUGACGGGGUUCCGUGACAUCACUUGGAGUGACAGAGCAGCCGUGUGGGGGGAGAAAGAGGAGGGUCUCAAAGUUUCCUUUGCCCUUUAUGGGAGACGAGCUUCUACCUCCGCAGACAGUCCACCGAGGACGGAGAGGAAUUUUCUCCUAGAAAACUUCUCCAGGAUUCCCGCUUCCGUGUCCCCGCAGUUGAGCCGGAGGUGCAGCGAGUCGCGGCGGCUCUCGGAGACCAUAUCUGGUCAAAGUAUUCGCGUCUGUCACCCAGCGGGAUCGUCCGGCUAUAUAUAGACCCGAAGGAGGGCUGUCCAGUGUUUUUCUUGCCUACAAGACGGGUUGAGUUUGUAGGUGUGGAGUCCACCAUGUCUGUGUUAAGGAAGGAGAUGGAAAAGUACCGAGAUAUAGAUGAGGACGAGUUGCUGCAGAAACUAUCAGAGGAAGAGCUACAGCGUCUAGAAGAUGAAUUGGAAGAACUGGACCCAGAUAAUGCAUUACUGCCUGCUGGAAUGCGGCAGAAGGACCAGACCAAGAAGGCACCAACUGGAACGUUUCAGAGAGACAACCUGAUUGCCCACCUUGAGAAACAAGCCAAGGAACAUCCAGACAGAGAAGACCUGGUGCCUUUCACCGGAGAGAAGCGAGGGAAGGCUUGGGUUCCUAAAACAAGAGUGGACCCCAUCAUGGAGAAUGUGACUCUGGAGCCCGAGCUGGAAGAAGCUCUGGCCAGUGCUACUGAUGCAGAACUAUGUGACAUUGCUGCUAUCCUGGGAAUGCACACGUUGAUGAGCAACCAGCAGUACUACGAGGCUCUGGCGAGCAGCAACAUUGUCAACAAGCAAGGGCUGAACAGUGUGAUCCAGUGUACCCAGUACAAACCUGUGCCCGACGAGGAGCCCAACGCUACUGACGUUGAAGACACUUUGAUCAGACUAAAGAGGAAUGACCCCGAGUUAGUGGAAGUCAAUCUUAACAACAUCAAGAACAUCCCAAUCCCAACACUGAAAGCGUAUGCAGAAGCUUUGAUAGAAAACACUGUGGUUGAAAGGUUCAGUAUCGUGGGAACCAGAAGCAAUGACCCUGUUGCAUUUGCUCUGGCCGAGAUGCUGAAGGUCAACACAACACUGAAGAGCUUGAAUGUCGAGUCCAACUUCAUCACUGGGGCUGGAAUCCUUUCCCUCAUAGAAGCGCUGCAGAACAACACCACACUACUGGAGCUUAAGAUAGACAAUCAAAGCCAGCCUUUAGGCAACAAGGUGGAGAUGGAGAUCGCCAGCAUGCUGGAGAAGAACACUUCGCUGUUGAAGUUUGGCUACCACUUCACUCAACAAGGCCCUCGUCUGCGGGGCUCCAACGCCAUGAUGAACAACAACGACCUCGCCCGAGUCGUCAGGUCACAGUCUGAUGGCUCCUUCACACUAACUCUGUCCGUCCCCGAGCUGGAGAGAGCCUUUGGGAAAAAGUUCAAAUCCAAGACUAAUAAGAAAGAGAAGGCUUGAGGGAGGACCCAUCUUCCCUAAGUGUCGGACGAACGUGUAGACCCUCCUCCGUCCUUCAGAAGCUCUCGUUCAGCAUCACUCCAUUCAUCAGCAACCCAGACACGACCGGCGUCUGUGUCUGAGUGUGGACUAAUUAUUUGACAAAAGAAGACCAGGUCGUUCUGCUAAGCACAGAUCAGGAAACUACGCAGGUGAUUCUGUCAUUGUUUUUCAGUUUCUUUGAAUGAAUCAUGAAAAAAAACUUAGCUUUGAACAUCCAAACUCUCGAAGCUAUUCAAGAUUAAGCAGGGUUGAAUAUGUAGAAUGUAUUUUUACCAUCACCCGAUUACUGGAUAGUGUAAUGUGGUAAAAAAAAAACAAAAAAAACAAAAAAAAACAACUGUGUAAAAAUACUGCUGUAAAUGAACAUGUGCACACUAAUUACACUGUUGCAUCAUCCAGGAUUACCUGUCUACGGAGCACUGCUGCUGGCAGAGAACAGCAGCUGUUCAGUUUGAGUGUUACUGACUCAUUUAGGUUUUUUAAAAUUCACUGUAAAUUAUUCUCGCACCUUUUACAGUGAUCGCAGCCAAAAUAAUGGAGUGCAUGUUCCGAAAGUUCUCUUUUAUGUAGAGUGUCUGUGUCAUGUUUUUGAUCACAGACGUGCAUGGGCCUCGAUUAUUUUGCACCUAAAUGCAGGGUCUGUUCCUGGUGAGCUCAGAGGUGAGACACUGUUGCGACUGUCGGUGUCGGGAUGUCAUCGGUUUAACCCAGAUGUAGUGUUUUCAUAGCGCUUACGACCAAGGGCAACAUUUGCGAUGGCGUCCCUCAAACUUAUUGAUAAAUCAAAACCAGAAAUCACCAUAAAUAUAUGGCGUGAUGUAUCAAAAUCGCACACCAAUUUGAAAAAAAAACUUAAUUUCUCAUGAAAUAAGCUUUAUGAAAUCAAUGAAAUGUAGCUUCUUCAUCCAGUUUCACUUGAGUGCUCCGUCGUCCACUCGACCCCAUCGUGUGUCUCUGUCAAAGGUACGUGAUGAACACUUGGUGCCGAAUAUGACCAACCUGCUGUCAGUCACUGGGUUCGUUCGUCCUGUUCUGUGUUUGUUACUUGGUUAGUGCGUUGUGAUGUGCCUUGUUAGAAAACUCACUCUUGGUUUCGUUCUUGUGUUUUGUUUUCCGUUUUUGAAAUAAAUAAACCGUGGAAACAUCGCGUUUUCUCCCUCAUUAUUAAACCCUUUUGGCUGUGGUCUAGUCUCGCAUAAAUGGGAAACAGCGACCAUCCGCGGAGGAAUCAUGCAACUACAAAAAAAAGGUCAUUUUUUUUCACUUUUUGUUGAACACAAUUUGUUGUGGCGUUCAAGUCUUUGUCUCGGGCCCUCAGCCAACUCCGGACCCUUGGCUGGGGGCCUAUCUUGUUGCAAGUGCCCUGCUUAUACACAACCUUUUGUUAUUUAAACCUUAAGUUACCCCCCCAAAAGAAUGAAGCGACGGUGCCUUUAAUGUGAACAAGGUUUUUAUUUAUUUUCAGGCAGAAACAUACAUAAUAAUCCUUUAUUGCUCAUAACAGCGUCUUCUGGUUCUUCUCAAGUGAAGCUGACACCAACCUUUAAUCUCAACUAUUCAUGUUUGAUUAUCCACCAGUUUUCACGUGAAGCAAAACCUAUUCUUGUGGUGUUCCAUUCUUGAUUAAUAAAGCUUCAAAAUUGUGUGCACACAUUUCCAUAUACACAUACACACCUGUUCAGUAUUCUCCUCAUUGUACAAAGUAUAUUUUUAUAGCAAUAGUAGUACUAGUGUAUACACGGUAAGUUCUGUUUUUAUGGCUAAAGGUCUCAGGUUUUGGCUAUUCUUUGAACUGAUAUGGACAUUCAUCAGUGGAACUAUAUGGAGGAAAACCCUGCAAACCUGAAUGCGUAUCUAAUAUGUCUUACCGUUAUUACUCUUAUUACCGAUAAUAUUUGUCAGAAUAUCAACAUGAAAGUGAAAACACACUUAAACUCGAGAGUUAUUGCCUUCAUAUUUUUGCAGGACAAAGACAAAGUGGAUUUAUUGUACAUAUUCACACGAGACAGACUGCAUGCAAGAUGUGAGGAUUUCCCAGAUCCAUAAUCUAAUCUACACACUUAAAGCAAGUCGGGAUUGGAAAGCGAGAGGCGAAACAACACUUGGGACAGGUGACAUGUAACACGGCAACGAAACAUCAUUUCCGACUAGGUCAAACACAUAUGAGUUGCUUAAGGAGAACACAACGGAAGUCUCGGACGUUCUUUUUAAAAUAUGGCUUAUCAAGUUAUGUUGACUUUUAGGAGACACACAAUACCAUAGAUUUAAUCGUUGACUUGCCCUUCUUCAGGCUUAUUUUAUGUAUUUAUAUACAAACUGGAGUGAGUUUUUGUCUUGGAUGCAAGGAAAGCUCUUCAGUUGUCACAGGGAAGAAUGUCAGGAGGCGUGGCCUCCUCUUCUCUUCUGUGGUGGAAAACAGCUAAUGUGAUAUUACCAGCCCAGUCAGCCAAGCUCAGUCAACCAGGCUUCAGUACAAACUGCUGGAUCUGCUCUUUAAAUGUUAUGAUCUUUAAUAUAAAUACCAGCAUUACCUAUUUCAAACCCCCUGACGGAAGCCAUCUUUGUGAAUGAAGCCUACUGACCUAGCCAGUGAUGUCAGCAUUAGUUAAUGGACUAAGCUACUUCUUGAGCAUGUCUUGCAGUGGCCCUGGCAGGUACUUCAUCACUGUGUCCAUGAUGCUUUCCUCCUCCUCUUCGUCACCGCAGCCG